UCUCUCUUUCCCCACCACCAUAUCACCGUCACCACCACCACGACCACCACCUCUCUCUCUCUCUCUCUCCUCUGCUUUUGCCCUAAAAUCGCUAUUCUCUGAAGCUCUGAAAAAGCAACACUGAGCUCUCUCUCUCUCUAUCUCUUGAAUGUGACUAGCCAUUUGAACAAAGCCACUUCUCUUGCAAGAAUUUCUGUUGGGUUUGUUCUUUCUCUCUUUUUGGCCUUUCUCUUUUAAAUUCUAUGCUCGAAUCGUACGCAUUCGGCUUCGUUUUUUUAGCUUAAUUCAAUUCAAAACCAGUGAUAAACGUCGUUGAAUUGAAGUAUCUGCAACUUACGAUCAAAGUUAUAUAUAUAUGUGUGUGUAUCUGUGUUUUAUGAUUGAAACAACUUUUUCAAGCGAGUGAUUAGAUCUGUGACAGUUUUGGGGAGAGAGAGAGGGAGAGAGAUUGCAAGAAUCUAUUUAUUGCUGGUUUCUUCAUUUAUGGCUCUUCAACCUACUUGGGUCUCUCUCUUUUCCCAAAAAUCAUCCUGAAAGCACAAGCUUUUCUGAUUAUCGCUUCUUUCUGGGUCUUUGCUCUUUAGAAGAUUGGGGUUUUAACUGCAAAUUUCUCGCAUUUGAGGUUGAAAAAUCGAGGGUUUUUGUGUGAAUCUAUAUAUACACAUAGGAGUAUCUGGUGAAGGACCUGUUGAUGAGUAUGAAGAAAUAUGUUAAUUCCCACUCAGGAAGGGGAUUUAGUGAUAGGAGGUGGGUUCUUCCAUUUUUUGCUAGUGUCCUGGUGUCAAUUACUCUAUUUAUGGCUGCUAUUUUUGGGUUGUAUUCAUCUUCCUAUGGUGGGGAUCAAGUGCAGUUUGACAUUAUUUCGCUCGAUAGACCGGAGGACUCUAGUGGGUUUUUUGUAGAAUCAGAUUUAAAGAGAUCAUUGAACACCAGUCGAGUUUUAGAUAUUGAGGCGCCUAGAUUGGCUUAUCUGAUAUCGGGAACAAAGGGAGACAGUCAAAGAAUGAUGAGGACUUUGCAAGCUGUGUAUCAUCCAAGAAAUCAGUAUAUUCUACAUCUGGAUCUUGAGGCUCCACCACGUGAAAGGUUGGAUUUGUCAAUGUCAGUGAAGAAUGAUCCAACUUUUCGUGAAGUGGAGAAUGUGCGUGUGAUGGCGCAGUCAAAUUUGGUGACAUACAAGGGCCCUACGAUGAUAGCUUGCACACUUCAGGCAAUUGCAAUUUUGUUGAAGGAGAGCUUGAAUUGGGAUUGGUUCAUAAACCUCAGUGCUUCAGAUUAUCCUCUUAUGACGCAAGAUGAUCUACUGCAUGUUUUUUCUAAUAUGUCCAGGAAUCUAAAUUUUAUAGAACAUACACAGAUUCGUGGUUGGAAACUGAACCAGAGAGCAAAGCCAAUCAUAAUUGAUCCAGGCCUAUAUCUAUCAAAAAAAUCUGAUAUUGCUUGGACAACUCAGCGUCGAUCACUUCCCACAUCAUUCAAGUUAUUUACUGGUUCAGCGUGGGUGAUGCUAACCCGGUCCUUUGUUGAAUACUGUAUAUGGGGAUGGGAUAAUCUCCCGCGAACUAUCCUCAUGUAUUACACAAAUUUCAUUUCUUCUCCUGAGGGUUACUUCCAUACCGUUAUUUGCAACACCGAAGAAUUCCGUGAGACUGCAAUUGGCCAUGAUCUCCACUACAUUGCUUGGGACAAUCCUCCAAAGCAACAUCCUCUCUCUUUGACCAUUAAGGACUUCGAUAAGAUGCUCAACAGCACCGCUCCAUUUGCUCGGAAAUUUGCAAAGGAUGAUCCAGUUUUAGACAAGAUUGAUAAAGAGCUUUUAGGCCGCACAAAUCGUUUUGCUUCCGGGGCAUGGUGUGUUGGGAGGUCAGAUGGUGAGGCUGACCCGUGUUCCAUACGAGGUGAUGAUUCAUUGUUUAGACCUGGUCCGGGUGCAAAGAGGUUGCAAGAACUAAUGGAUAACCUUUUGUCUGAAGAGUUCAGAAGCAAGCAAUGUUCAGGUCCAACGUGAGAUUGUUGGCUUGGUUUUGGACCCAAGUCAUUCUGUAUUUAGGGCUCGAGAGGUUGCAAGAAUCUGUUUGAAAACUGAAAAUUUUCCGGGAAAAUGGGGUUCGUCAAAGUUCAUAGUUAAUUAACCCAAGUGUACAUUUAUGUAUUGAUAGAGUUACAGUUUUGAUGUACAAUUGUGGAGUUUUCUUCUUUUUAAUCAAAUGAACUUUAAAGUCACAAA